AAUACAGUUACCUAUAAUGUAGUUAUUAGAGGGUUGUGUGGCAGAGGGGCUGUUGAUGAAGCUUUGGAGUUGAAGAAGAGUAUGCUUGAGAUGGGAUUGGGUCCAGAUAGCUACACGUGCUCAAUACUUAUUGAUGGGUUUUGCAAAGAGAAGAGGUCCAAGGAGGCGAAAUUGAUUUUGGAAGAGAUGUAUAAAAUUGGUCAAAAUCCCGACCAUGUUGCCUAUACUGCAUUGAUUGAUGGGUUCAUGAAAGAGGGGAAUGUAGAUGAGGCUUUCCGAAUCAAGGAUACAAUGGCUGCAUAUGGAAUUAAGUUAAAUGUGGUGACCUUUAACACUAUCAUAAAAGGGCUUUGCAAAUUUGGUCAGAUGGAGAAAGCAGUAGAUCUCAUGCAUGAGAUGCUCGAACUGGGAAUGCAUCCUGAAAACAAGACAUUUAAUUAUUUGAUUGAGGGGUAUAGUCGAGAGAGUAAUAUGGACAAAGUUAGUGAACUCUUGAUUGAGAUGAAAGAAAGAAACUUGGCACCUUCUGCAUACACCUUCGGUGCUAUAAUCAACGAGUUAAGCCGCUCAGGAGAUCACCAACAGGCUAAUCUUUUGUUGGAGAAAAUGAUCUCAGAAGGUAUCAAACCUAAUUCUGUUAUUUGCACGACCAUCAUAAAAGGUUAUGUGCAGGAUGGUAAAUUUGAAGAGGCAAUAAAAAUUUUGGAGGAUAUGUGGCAAAAUGGAAUUUUGCCUGAUGUUUUCUGCUAUAAUUCAAUAAUAAUUGGCCUUUGCAAAUCGAAAAGGAUGGAAGAAGCUAGAAAUUGUCUUAUUGAAAUGGGGAAGAGGGGAUUAGCUCCGAAUGCCUACACCUUUGGAGCGUUGAUUUCUGGCUAUAGUGAGGCCGGGGAAAUGCAUGUUGCAGAAAGAUAUUUCAUGGAAAUGCUUGAUCGAGGAAUAAAUCUAAAUCCUUACAUCUAUACUUCCAUGAUUUAUGGCCACUGCAAACAUGGGAACAUAACGCAGGCCUUCUAUAUAUUUAGAUGCAUGCUUGAACGAAAACUGCUUCCAGAUGUGCAGCUUUACAGUACACUUAUAAAUGGCCUCUCAAAGAAUGGAAAAUUGCUAGAAGCAAUGAGAGUUUUCUCUGACUUGUGUGAUAAGGGGAUAGUACCUGAUGUUUAUACUUAUACUUCGCUAAUUUCUGGUUUCUCUAAGCAAUGUAAUAUGCUAGAGGCUUUCAGGCUUCAUGAUGAAAUGUGCCAGAAGGGUUAUAUUCUUGCUAUGGCUCAUUACAUUGACCACUUAUGGCUUCUAUAUAAAAUGAUCAUUGCAUUCAGAUGUGUUGAAUAUCCUCAUAAUGCAACUAAUAUAUACAUGGUUUUAAAAGAUAUUAUACAAGAAUAUGGUAUAGUGAUAGACAUUAGUGGUACAAAUCUUGAAAUUCCCUCUGAGUUAGCUAGAGUGAUAGACAUUAGUGGUACAAAUCUUGAAAUUCGCUCUGAGUUAGCUAGGUAUAUGUGA